GGGAGGGGGUUUGGGGUUUGGGGUUUCCUCCCGGCGCUGGAAGCCCAGCCCAGGAAAUUCUUCCGGGCAGCCUCUCAAGCCCCUCUUUGUGCUCUUGGGAUUUUUAACAUUCCCGGCGGCUGCGGCCGGGGUGCCCGGUCCCAGAUGGGGUGCCCGGUCCCAGAUGGGGUGCCCAGCUCCCCCAGGCUGUGCCGGCAUGGGUGGGAUGGGCUCUGGGGUGGAUUUAGGGGAUGCUGCUGCCCAUUCCCACCCAUCCCAUGGGAUCCAAGGGCUGCGCCGCUCACCGGGGCACCACGGGGACCCUGUGCCACCCCCGGGGACCCUCAGCGUCCUUCACCGCUGUGCAUUUGCUGUGGGAUGAAGGACUGGCGCUGCCGGUCCUCGCUGGGCGCUGCUGUGGAGCAGCAGGACCCGUCCCUCGCUGCCACAUCCUCCCCUCCAAACCCCGCUCAGCUCUGCCAGGCCACAGCGCCGGCCUUGCUGCCAAGGCUUCACCAAUUUCCUGCCUUGCUGCAGCUCCUGGGAACGACCUUGGCUGUCUCAGCUGCACCGCCGGGUGCCUGGGACCCCCCGGGCCCGGGGAGGAAGGCGCCAGCGCUGGGGACAGGAGGAAGCGGCGGUGGCUGCUGUCACCCUGCGAGGACCUGGGUCCCCUCCCCGGAAGGAAAGCACCCUCGGGGUGCGGCGGGGACAGGGAGGCCCUCGCUGUGUGGUCUGUGGGUAGGAGGAGGGGGGGUCCCUCUGCCUCAUCCCCUCAGCACCCGGCAUCGCUGACACCUCGCUGCUGCCCGCCCAGAGCCGCCGCUGCCAUGCCGGUGACAGCGACAGCGACAGUGACACUGCCCGGCCCGGCCCCGUGGGGCUUCCGCAUCUGCGGGGGCAGAGAUUUCGGGAAGCCCAUCGCCGUCUCCAAGGUGACGGAGCACGGGAAGGCGGCCGCGGGUGACCUCCGCCCGGGGGAUGUCAUUGUCGCCAUCAACGGGGAGAGCACGGCGGAGAUGCUCAACGUGGAGGCGCAGAACAAGAUCAAGCGGAGCGCGGGGCAGCUGCGGCUGGAGGUGCAGAGGUGCCCGGUGCCAUCUCCCAGCGUCACCAACGGGGACGCCUCGCUGGAGGGGUUGGCCACGCGUUUCCAGGACACGCUGCAGGUGCCGAGUGAGAGCCAAAGGGCCCUGAGGAGCCCCGACCCCAGCCUGGCAUCCCUCAGUGCCAGCUCACAGCCCUUGGAGCAGGAGUUCACCUGUCCCGGCCUGAGCCAGGAGCGACCCCCGAGCCGCCAGAGCAGCUCCCAGGGGCCCGUCCUGCCUCCCCCUCCCCGGCCACCCUCACCGGAGCCCGGAGCCCCCCACAGCCCCUGGGCAGCCCCCCGGGAGAGGCGCCUCUCCUCCCCCUCCUCCAGCGCCUGCCUCAGCCAAGGCUCGGAGCCGGCCAUGAGGCGCUUGGAGGAGGACUCGGAGGUUUACAAGAUGCUGCAGGAGAACCGGGAGCUGCGGGCGGCCCCGCGGCAAUCCAGCACCUUCCGCCUGCUGCAGGAGGCGCUGGAGGAUGAGGAAGGAGCAGGUCCCGCAGCCCCCUUCCCCAGCCGCCUCUCGGCCGGGGCCCGCAGGCCGGUGGCCGGGGUGCAGAAGCUGCACGUCUGUGAGAAAUGCGGGAGCAGCAUCGCGACACAGGCGGUGCGGAUCCAGGACGGCCGCUACCGCCACCCCUCCUGCUACACCUGCGCCGACUGCGGGCUCAGCCUCAAGAUGCGCGGCCACUUCUGGGUGGGGGACGAGCUGUUCUGCGAGAAACACGCGCGGCUGCGCUACCAGGGACCCCCGGGGGCGCCCGUGUCCCCCUCGGUGUCCCCCCGCUCCUGAGCCCCGCGAGUGGGGUCACCCCGAUGUCCCCAGGGCUGUCCCACCACACCGGGCUGAGGGAUGGAUGGGAUUUGGGGGGACGCGACGCCACCGCCCAUCUUCACCCCUUGGUGGGUGUGUGCGAG